UUUGGUCCGGUCAACCUCGCCCUUCACAUUUUCCUUUCUUCUUUCUGUUCUUUGGGAUGUCUUGAAAUUACCCAUAAUGCUCAGCCACAUAAGCUAACUGGUUAUUGUGUGGGCGAGUGUCCGCAGGUGAAGACAGUAUCGCUCUGUAUCAAGAUCAGCCGUCACGGCUCCACUGAUCUCAUGCCUUCCUCCCCGUGUGUGUGUGUGUGUGUGUGUGUGUGUGUGUUAUCGACACAGCGCCGCCCGCCGCUGAAGAAAUGCCUGCUAUAACACGCCGCUCCUCGACCCCCCCCCCCACCGCCGUGUCUGCGUGUCACAUCCGCUUCUGCUCAAACACGCGUGUCGCUGCUGUCAGGUGUUACAAAGGGACAUGUACUGCAUUUUACAGCACGUGUACGCCGUGCUGAAAUGCCAAACGCUGCCUUAUUUUUGUUUUUGUUCUGACGCCGGUCAAGAAUCCAGCACUUAAUUUUACACGUCGGGGGUUGGAGACGCGUUUUGAAGAAGAAAAGCCAUCUGUUCACGGAGAGUUCACUCCUUUUUUGUUUUUUUUUACUCCGUCUAAUGCUUUGUUUUGAUAUAGUUUAGAUCACUGCACAAAACUGAAUUGUAUGCAUACCAAUAGAAAACAAGCAGUAACAGUGAUAUCCUCUGAAAUGCCAAAAAAAAAAGCCUUGAAACUUAAUCUAUGGAGCAGAUCGAUCCACCAUGAAGUAUUCUGAUAUGAUGCCACUUUUAACAGCGUUUGUGGAUGUUCUUGCACUACUUAAUCGUCAGAACAUAACUUGUCUGUUGAUAUCGGUAUAGUUAGAUCUACUUUACACCGUACUGCACUUUCUAAUCGCUCUGUGAUUUAAGCACUUGGCCUUCUUCGACACCGCGGCGAUGAUUCGCCGAUGAGCUUGAAGCACACGAAGCCCUCUUGUCAUCUCUGUUCUGCAGUGCGAUCGCAAUAUCAAGCGCAUAGAUGACUGUAGAGACGUAUUAAAUGUGACUCGGCACUUAUUAAGCGCAAGAAUAAGCGUCCUCUUCCAUGUCUUCCAUUUUCAUUUGAUUUUCAACUGUUUGUAUUUUGUCUUUCAGUGUGUAGCCGGUGGAAUGUUAUUAAGAUAGUAUGUGAGAUUGGAGAGUUUACAAUUCGUGACGCAAUUCUGUUUCACAAAUUUUGUAUAUUUAAUAAAGAAUAUUUUGUGUUUCUUGCUCACCGUAUGUUUGGUGGUACAUUUUUAUCUGUGGUGUGUGUCAGCGUGUGUGCUUUAUAUGAGGCUAAAUACACUGUUAACUGUAAAAGGAAGGGACGUAUUAUAGGCUUAGUAUUAUACAACUGCUGUUUCCAAAUAAAUUCAGUCAAACUAUCAGAAGCCACACUGUCACAGUUCAUGCUGCAGCUGAUUUUGUGUUAAUUCUCCAUUAAGACGUCUGGUGCCCCGAUAACUUCUCUUUUUAAUACGCUGUAAACAAAGCAAGUUGUCCUGGGAAGCGUAGUCCUCCACACCAAAGUUAAACGCACGUCGUGUCGAGCGAUGCGGCACGGAAGAACUACAUUGCCCAUGAUGCAACGCGGCCGGUAAAGCGGCAGGAAGCGGCUCCGCGGCUCGUGAAGUGAACACCGGUGUCGUCGCAGAGAACCAGCAGACUGGUGCAAACAGCAUGUCUGAAUAUGUGAGAUUCCAACACGGCAAGCCUCCUUUCGACCAGAACACCUUCUUUGGUCGGCUCAGGCACUUCCUGGAUGUGAUUGACCCCAGCACCCUCUUUGUGACAGAGAAACGGCUGCAGGAGUCUUUGGAGCUGCUCGACUGCUUCAAACAGGGAACUCUUCCACCGGGAGCGACAGAUGCUCAGCUUUGGCAAGCUCAGAAAAUAAAGCAGGCCAUCAUCCACCCCGACACGGGGGAGAAGAUCCCCAUGCCCUUCCGCAUGUCAGGUUUUAUCCCAUUUGGCACACCAGUGGUUGUUGGCCUCCUCCUGCCACAUCAAACGUUGGCGUCAACUAUCUUCUGGCAGUGCUUAAACCAGAGCCACAACGCUUGUGUGAACUACUGCAACCGUAACGCCUCCAAGCCGGCUCCAGUUUCCAAGUUCCUUGAAGGAUACCUCGGCGCGGUGACCAGCGCUGUCUCCAUCGCUGUGGGGUUGAACGUGUUGGUCCGGAGAGCCCGUCGCUUAGGCCCAACUACCAGGCUUUUGGUGCAGAGGUUCAUCCCCUUCCCAGCAGUGGCGGCCGCCAACGUCUGCAACGUGGUGCUCAUGAGGCACUCGGAGCUGUCGGAGGGCAUCAGCGUGCUCGACGACAGCGGGAACGUCGUGGGAACGUCGAAAGUAGCCGCCAGGCAUGCGCUCCUGGAGACGGCCCUGACCCGAGCGGUCCUACCCGUGCCGAUCCUGAUCCUCCCGCCCAUCAUCAUGUCUGUGCUGGAAAGAUUCGUUUCAGGUGAUGGCGGUUCUUUCUCCCCCGUGCGCCUCCAGGCUUCCUCUCCUGCAGCGAAGGCCGAGACUCGUCCUGCCCGUCCACAGCCUGGUGUGCCUCGCCGCCUUCGCCCUGGCCCUGCCGCUCGCCAUCAGCCUCUUCCCACAGAUGUCCCAGAUCGGUGUGAAUCGGCUGGAGCCGGAGAUCGCCGCGGCGACAGAUUGCAAGGUGGUGACGUACAAUAAAGGCCUGUGAGGGAUCUCUGCGGCGCGGCGCCGGGAGACGCCACCGCGGUGAACCUAGCAUACGUUUACAGAGAGAGGAACACAUGCCGGGACGUGAACUGAGCAGCAACACGGGAUGACGUAUCAAACAUGGAGAAUAAUACCAAUAACGGAGCGCUGAGGCCCGUAUGGAGAUGCUAAUUAAUACAGCCAACUUCCCCACAAAGCGCAAUUCAAUCAGAGUCACGUGAACACGUGCUAAUGAAGUCUGAACAGUGGAUGAAGUUAUAGGUUCAAAAUGCCUGUUUCAUUUUGUUGAGGUUCUGAGGGAAUUCAAGAAAUUGUUGUUGUAAAUUAGAAAAUACUCAAAACAGUCGGAACAGAUGAAUUAUUGUCAUGUUCUUAAGAACAGAAUGGUGCAUAAAAUGUGAAUGGGGUAAAACCUAUGAUGGUAUUGACUUUAACUCCCCCGUUGGUUACUUAGAUUAAGACAAUGUGGUCUGAAUUGUUUCUGUAAAAACGGAAAGAAGCCUUUGAAAAGACUUUGUUUUUUGUCGUGUUUGUUAUUUAAUCAACUAGAUAAAUGUGGUGAGCCGCUGUAGCAUCAACUUAUUUAUGACGUACACAUUAAGCUAAAUGGAAAUAUAGUCUGCCUGAUUUUGUUUUAGUGCUUUCAAAGCAGAAUAAUUCCAAUUUAAAUUCAGAACCGUGAACGUGAUAUAACAUAUCGAUACGUCUUUUAAAAUCCUCUAAUAACGUGUUAUGUUUUGUAUCGAAAACCUUACAAUUAAGGUGCUAAUCCCAAUACAUGCUGCAGUAAACAACUACAGUUUAAUUAAAUGAUCAAUCUAC